CGACGUGUCGUAGGAAUAGAGAAUUUUCCUCUUAAAAUUUCCUCCAAGCACAUGGCAGAGUAAGAAAAUGGCGCCAUUAAAAUCUCUGGAGGCUCGGUACCCUCUUUUGGACUCCAAUUUCCAAUCCUUUUGUGCUUCAAAUGGCAUUUUCACAGUCGAAGAUUUCCUCCUACAUGACCUCAGUGUGUUGACUGCAUUUGCAGAACAACAGCCAAACUCAGAUAGAUUGAAAGAGGGGAUCACCCAACUCCUUUCUAUCAUAGACAGGCAGCACCAGCCAUGGUUGAAUGGCUUGCAGUUGUUGGAAGAUGCUAGACAGAAUAAACAUGUUUUAUCUACUGGAUUUGAGGAGAUUGAUAAGCUUCUUGGAGGUGGAGUGCGGGAGGGACAGUUGACAGAACUGGUUGGGCCAUCGUCAUCCGGUAAAACCCAACUUUGCUUACGAGUAGCUGCAAAUGUUGCGAUACAACACGUGGGUAGAGUUAUUUUCAUGGAUACAGGCAACUCUUUCUCACCACGACGUAUUGAACACUUUAUUCAUCAGAUCUCUGAUUCUGUAUUAAGUGAGAAGGUAAUGAGCAACAUAUUGUGCUACUCUACAUUUGAUAUAUUUUCAAUGUUCGAUGUGCUACAGCAGCUAGAGAACAGUUUGAAAUCUCAGGGGCCCAAAGGAGAUUGUAAAGUACAAAUGCUAAUUGUUGAUUCAAUCUCAUCAUUGAUAACUCAUGUCCUUGGAGGAAGUGGUCCACAAGGACAUGCUCUGAUGACAGCUGCUGGCUUUUUAUUGAAGAAGUUAGCUCAUGAGCAUAAUAUUGCAGUGCUGGUGACUAAUCAUAUGGUGGCUGGAGAGGGAGGUACUCUUAAACCAGCUCUUGGAGAGAGUUGGAAGAGCAUUCCACAUGUGAGGCUUCUGCUUUCCCGUGACCCGGGAAACAAAAUCUCCAAUAUUUCCAUACUAAAACACCCUUCCCUAGCUUCUGGUGAGGUUGCAAGAUUUGUGAUUGAUGACUAACUAAAGGAUUGGUUUGUAACUUUUUCUUAUUGUUGUAUCCAACAGUAUUUCAGGCUUUUCUUAGUAAUAAAUCUGGCACACAUGGUUUUUUCUUUA